AUGGCAGGUCGUCCUCUCAAGAUAGCCGUCAUUCCUGGCGACGGAAUCGGCAAGGAAGUAAUGCCCUUUGGCGUCAGAUGCGUCCAGGCUGCCGCCAAAGUCCACAACAUCCCCAUCGAGUUUGAGCAUUUCGACUUCGCCAGCUGUGACUACUACGCCCGUCACGGCACCAUGCUCCCGUCAGACUGGAAAGACAUUCUCACCCCCUUCGACGCCCUCUACUUUGGCGCCGUCGGUAUGCCAGACCAAGUGCCCGACGACGUCUCCCUCUGGGGCAGCCUCCUCAAGUUCCGCCGCGAGUUCGACCAGUACGUCAACCUGCGGCCCUGCCGCCUUCUCCCAGGCGUCAAGUGUCCCCUGGCCGGUCGCAAGCCCGGCGACAUUGACUUCUGGAUCGUGCGUGAGAACACAGAGGGCGAGUACAGCAGCGUCGGCGGAAAGAUGUUCGAGGGCACCGACAGGGAGGUUGUCGUGCAGGAGACGAUCAUGACGCGCGUGGGUGUGGACCGCGUGCUGAAGUACGCUUUUGAGCUGGCGCAGUCCAGGCCGCGGCACAGGCUCACCAGCGCUACCAAGAGCAAUGGCAUCAGUAUCACCAUGCCGUGGUGGGAUUCCAGGGUGGCCGAGAUGGCGUCCAAUUAUCCCGAUGUCAAGGUGGAUAAGUACCAUAUCGACAUCCUGAGCGCGCACUUUGUCCAGCGGCCGCAGAUCUUCGAUGUCGUGGUCGGGAGUAAUCUGUUUGGGGACAUCCUCUCGGAUCUGGGCCCUGCGUGUGCUGGCACCAUCGCCAUCGCCCCUUCAGGCAACAUCAACCCCGACAAGAAGUUUCCAAGCCUCUUUGAGCCGGUGCACGGCUCUGCUCCUGACAUCUAUGGCCAGGGCAUUGCGAAUCCCGUCGGCAUGAUCUGGGCUGGCUCCAUGAUGCUCGGGCACUUGGGACACCAAGAUGCAGGAGAUUUGGUCCUCAAGGCCAUCGAGGCGGUGCUCGCUCGCUCAGAAACGGGAGUUCUUACAGCAGAUAUGGGCGGAAAUGGCACCACGCAAAAUCUGGGCGAAGCUAUAGAGAGGGAAAUAUUAGGUAGCGGAAAGUCGUAG